AUGGAUCCGUGUCUAUCUGUCUCUACCGUGACAAGCGUUUUUAUUGUUGGGGUCAAUCCUCUCAGCACCGUGCAUAGCGCAGAGAUCUGUCCUCCAUUCUCGAACAUCGCGGAUACAACUUCAAUCGUGCCCUCGGGCCUCCACGGUCUGAGGUCUCUACACAAUACUCGCAUCAUGCGAUACGUUCAAUGA